AUGGCGGCGCCGCCCGGCCCGCCUCACCCGCGCCAACGCCCCAUUGGCUAUCGCAGAUGUCAUCUUGAUAGCAGGGGCGGGGAUCGCCCGCCUGUGAGGGUUGGCGCCCUCGCGCCCCUGGCGAAGCCUACUGGCUCUGGGCGGGCUGAGAGGCGGGGCGAAGCGGCGGGGCGCGGCGCGAUUCGGGCACGGCAUAACCGCGUUGGGCGCCAUCUUGAGUAUGGGCAAGGGCCCCAGCGUGCACGUGGCGCUGUCCCCCGCAGCGCGGGCCGGCACCCACAGGAGCGGCUCACCGCCGCCGCCAUCUUGGAUACGGGCAGGGAAGCCGCCGGCGUCUGUCUGUUGCCAUCCCGAAAGAAGAGUUCUGCUGGAGACAGGAGCUGCAGUGAUGCCAGCUCACUUCACAUGGACCUCUCCAAACUCGUGACCUGGGCACACAGUCAUGGGGCCAUAUGCAACCAGGUCCCAGCUUUUGAAGGAGUGCAGGGCACAGGUCAUCCCAGGAAGGAAAGUUCUCUUCUGUGGAUGUGUGGGGCUGGCCAUGCUUAUUACUGGCCCUGUAGAAAACUGGAUGGCAGAAGCAAAGAAGUGAAUGCAGGUGUGAGGAAGAGAUCAGCAUCUUCUGAGACUUCAUCAGGGACAGCUAGUUCGGAUGAGAAGAGGUUGAGGAUGACUCCCUCUUUUGGGAGGGCCAAAGCAAGUGCUGAUAGCACAGGGUCAUGCAGCAGCAGCUCUCCAGGUGUCACUCAGAGAGGUGACACAGUCUGUGUAACACACACUGCAUCAGCAGCCAGAGAAGCCCAAACCAGGAGCAAACCUGUGAGGGCACACCUGGCAGCAGAGCACCACUUGCCAGUGUCCAGUGGUGAGGUCAAAGCUGGCAGGUGUGAGAUGAAGCUGGAGAGCCAGGAAAAUCUACAGAUGAUCUCUGAUGAGGAGCAGUGCUUUUCAGGUGAAGAGAUGGGAGACACAGGUAGCCAGAAUGUUCUGUUGGAAUGCCCAGAAGCUGUAACAGCUGCAGUAGAACUGCAGAGGUAUCCCAGCCAGAGGCUGGCAUUUGACAAGCCAACAGCUGCCCAAACAUCUGCCUUUGUCCCCACAGAAAAGCCACUCCUGCCUCCUGCCUCCAGCCCCAAAUCUUCUGUCCCCAUCAAACCAGAGAGCCUGGACAGCAGCAGCCUGCUGUUGGGUCCUCCUAAUCCUGAAUGGUCUGGGACUGACACUUGGAGAGCCAGAAAUUCCUCAGGGUCAGCGUCCCCUAAAGAACAUUUCAAACGGGUUGACGUCCCCAACGCUGAAGCAGAGGCCCAGUGUGAGUCACCUGCCUCUGUGGCAUUCUUUGCUUUUGAAGCCAUGGUGGAUGUCAAGCAUCAAAUCCAGCUGAGCCCUCCUGAGCAUGGCCCACCAGGGACCAGCUCAGAUGGGGCUGUUGCUGUGGAGGAGAGUGAACCCCAGGGAUCUGGGCCAGGAUCUCAUCCUUCCACCUCUAUGAGCCUCGGGAGCCAGGAUGCCAACCACCUGCCCACAUCCUCCAGCAAAAGUGUGUUGGACAAGGGUGAGAAAAAGAGAAGCCACAAAUAUAGGAACAUCAAAGUUCUCCAGGACUGGCUGCUUUCCCACCACCCCUCUGAAACUCGUGAGAUCUACCAGAUGCCACCUGAAGAGCUCAGCUCUUACCUGGCCUCGUUCUACAGCUCUGCAAAGAAGCAGAACGGCAACGACUUCUCCGCCAGCAGCCUGAACUUCUUCCAGCUCAGCACCGACCGCUACCUCAGGGAGCACAACUACAGCUACAGCGUGGUGAAAGGGGAGGAAUUCAGAGCAGCUCAGGAAGCCUUGAAGCUGAGGCAGAAGCAGCUGUCUGAGAAAGAGAGGGAGGGAGAGUGGAGCCUCGUGGAGAGGCUGACAGAGGAAGACUUGGCCACCCUUCGCCAGAAAGGGCUUUUAAGUACGAGGCAUCCUCAGGGCUUGCUGAGCCUCAUGCUCACAAACAUCAUCAGGGGGUUUGGGGCACAGGUGCACAGUCAGAGCCACUCUCUGUACUGGGGCCAGCUUGUGCUGACACAGGCUGAGGGGCAGCUGGAGUACCUGGAGUGGAGGGACAGCCUGAGCACAGAGCCCAGCACGGAGGAGCCACGGCCCUGCCUCACGGCCAGGCCCCACAGCCCUGCUGGCUGCCCCGUGCAGGAUUACAAGGAGUAUGCCAAGAGGCGGCCUCUGGACAUGCUCCACGACUGUGACCCUCUCUACCUCACCCCCAAGUCUCUGUGCUUCAUAUGGGACCAAGCAUGGUUCUGCAGUAAGUCACUGAGCAAAGCCAACCUGGAGAAGCUCUUGAAAGUUAUCGUUGAGCAAGUCAGGCGGCCUGGGAAGAAGCAGAAGAAGUGA